CGUUGCCAUGGCCGCUCAGUGUUAGGGACCCCGCGCUCGCGGUGGAGACCCGGCCCGGCUGCUCUGGCCCACGGCUCGUGAUGGUCCGGAUCUCUGCGCGCCCCUAGUCGCCGGCCGCUGCCUGAUUCCCUGAGCGCCAGGCAUGAAUCGCAAGAAGCUGCAGAAGUUGACGGAAACCUUAACUAAAAAUUGCAAGCACUUUGAUAAAUUUGAAGUGAAAUGUCUUAUAAACCUUUUCUAUACCUUGGUGGGAGAUGUAACAGAGCGGCAAGGUGUGGUCAUUGGACUAGAUCGUAAUGCAUUUCGAAACAUCCUGCACGUGACAUUUGGAAUGACAGAUGACAUGAUUAUGGACAGAGUAUUCCGAGGAUUUGAUAAAGACAACGAUGGUUGUGUAAACGUAUCAGAGUGGAUUUAUGGAUUAUCACUGUUUCUUCGAGGAACUUUGGAAGAAAAAAUGAAAUAUUGCUUUGAAGUGUUUGAUUUGAAUGGUGAUGGAUUCAUUUCAAAGGAGGAAAUGUUCCACAUGUUGAAGAACAGCCUUCUCAAACAGCCAUCUGAAGAAGACCCUGAUGAAGGAAUUAAAGAUUUGGUUGAAAUAACACUUAAGAAGAUGGACCAUGACCAUGAUGGGAAGCUGUCUUUCGCAGACUAUGAACAAGCUGUGAGAGAAGAGACUCUUCUACUGGAAGCUUUUGGACCAUGUCUACCUGAUCCAAAGAGCCGGAUGGAAUUUGAAACCCAAGUAUUCAAAGAUCCAAAUGAAUUCAAUGAUAUGUGAAUACCUAAGUGUCUGUGUUGUCUCAAGUGAGUAAAUAAGGAGGCGUACACGAAUUGUGUAUUUUUUCUACUUAGCUCAGAAAGAUGGUGUUAAAUGUUUGGGAGUGUUUAGGGUUAGGGGAUGGGGUUCACUUAUAUAUAUCAUUCAACUUUAGUAUAAGAUACAAGUAAAAUAGAUGGAAGACAAGAAGUUCCUUAUUAGAUGCUGUUGGGUUUGGCAAGACAAGUUAGCAUUGCUAGAGAUAUUUUAUCAUGUAAACUAUUGAAGCACAUAGCUGUCAUAAAAAUGUUUGUAUUAAUGGAAUGAAUAGAAAGAUUAUAAAAUCAUGAAUUAUUAGGGCAAAUAUUCAUGUCAGAAAGAUGUUGGGUUUUAUGUUUAACAAUCAUUGAAACUCCUGAAUUUCCUUUGGAGCAAUAAAUAAUUAAGAUGCCCUCAAAAGAAUAAUGAAGUGGGCAUUUAGCAUUUAAACACCUUUCUGCUAGGCAUUGAGGGGGAUUCAGAGAGAUGAAAGAAACAUGGAACCUGUUUUAAUAUGAUCUAUAUUAUUGUUUGAGACUUUGCCAUCACCGUGUGACUAGACUUGAAAGAUCUGAAGACAGGGGUCUCAGCGUACCCAUCUGUCUGUUUGUCAUGGCAGUUAGUACUGUCCUCUGCACAGAGUGGGCCUUCAAUAAAUACUGUGGAUUGAAAAGCACAAAGUACCACAAGAUCAGUCUAAACUCUCAGUGAGCAGAGGAAGUCUAAAUUCUCGGUGAGCAGAAGAGGAAAUUGCUGUUUAUGGGGUUUAAUGGAUAACACAUGGGUACAGCUUUCAGUUUAUCUCUGGAGUCAUCUCAGUUGCCUUCUCCCAUUGCAGUUGGUUGGAGAGACCCCUCUCUGUUCUGGCUCCCUCUGUCUCUCCACCUCAAUCCCACUCUUCAUCCCCAUGCCCCCACCUGGAUGCACCUCAGUGGCACCCACUCCCCCAAUCUGGGAUUGCCAUUGUUCCCUCCUUAUAGGGAUCUAUCACACUGUGCUCCACUGGCUAUUAGCUCAUGAAGAUAGACCUGCCUUCCCCUCUGCUUCCCACUAUCGAGCAGGUGCCUCUGGGCAUAGGAUGGAAGUGUGAGAAAGAGAAGGCCUAGUUAUGUUCCUCUGAGCUCCUAUUUACCUCCUUAGUAAACACAUGCAAGCAGCUAAGAGUGGUUGUACUCAGACAUCUCUUCUGUCCAUAUGGAAACAUUGAAAGGCUGCUUAAAAUCCCUUUUGUUACUAGAAACAUAUUAUUAAGUUCAAACAAAAGAGUACAUAUAUGUAAAAAAAAAAUGGACUGUUACAAAUAAAGGGAGUAAGCAAUUCCAUGAAAUAAAGGAUGUUUUACAUCCAAAUAUUUUCUUAAAAUUUUAGAUUCUUACAUAGAUGGACUUUGACACAAUUUUUCUAUCUUGAAUAAGUAUAAAUAAUGCAACAUACAAUGCUUUUGAUUUUUUAAAUUUUGUUUUUCUCAUUACAAAAUAAUAGAGGUUCACUGAAGAAUAUUUCAGAAGUUUAGGAAAUUAAAAAAUAAAAUUAAAAUAUUCAUUAAUAUUCUGGUAUAGAUUCUUUCAGGCUUAAUGCACUUGUAAAUAUACCUAUAUUUAUGCACAGAGUAUCCCUAUAUUUUUUAGUUGAUUACACUGAAAAUGCUCUAUUGUAAGCAUCUUUUUUAUGUACCACUCUCUCAAGAACAUUUUCUCAGGUCAUGGAAUAUUUGUCUACAGCCUGACUUGUAAUGGCUAUGUGGUGUUCCAUCAUGACAGACCAUUAAACCACUUCCCCGCCAUUGGCAUUUCUGUUGUUCUCACAUUUUUGCUGUUAUAAGCAAUUCCCAAAAUGAACCCUCCUUGUGCAUAAAUCUUUUCACAUGCAUCAUUGCUUGCUUGCUUACAUGUAAGUUUGUAAAAGUAGGAAUGUUGGGUUAGAGGCCUGCAUAAUUUUGAGAAUUCCAGCAUAUGUUGCCAGAUUACCCUCUGGGAAGGCCUACUGUGUCUGAUGCAUGAGAACGCUGACUUCCCUUCCCUGUGGUGCCCCUUCCUUUGACUUCUUUGCCAAUAUCAUGGACCAUAACUGACCAUGGUUUUAAUUUGUCAUUUAAAAAAUUAAUCUUAUACAGUUGUAUCUAAACUUUUUAUUGUAGGUUGAGUAAAAAUUGACUUCCGUGUGAAUAACUGUUUGUUACUUGAUGUUAUUUAAAACUAAAAGAUCUGUUUUGAAAAAAUUCUGAAUAUUUUUUGUGAAACUUCAGAUAAUGUCUGUACAUGAACAUAAGGACUUGUGAGCUCUGUUCAAGAGCUUCCCCUAUAUUAUAGAACACACCCCCUCUGCAGCUCCUCCUCCUAAUCUGCCCAAAUCAUUUCCUUCUGCUACUAUAUCUAGAUUUCCGGAGUCUCUUAAUUUCACUACUGUAGCAACUCAUGAAUGAUUUUAACACUAAAA